AAAUAAGCCAAGAAGAAUCAAAUAAGGAUAGCAAAGAAAAUGAUAAUAUAAAUGAAGAAAUAGAUAUAGAACAAUUAAAAGAUAAAGUGAAAGACUUAGAAUUACAAUUAGAAUACGAAAUAAAGCAACACAAUGUCGAAAUAGCUGAAAGAGAAGAGACUAUAAAAAUAUUAGAAACACGAAUUCAAGAAUUAGAACAUUAUAAAAAUGAUAUAACAGAAAAAGAUGAAGCAAUAAUAAAUAUGAGUGAGAACUUAUUAAUUUUAUCAAAUAAAUAUGAUAUUUUAGUUAAAGAAUCUAAAUUACAAGAAGAAGAAUUAAAACAUUUUAAAAAUAAAAAAAAAUAUAGAAAUGAUAAAACAAAUGAAUAUAUACUAGGUCUGAAAAAUCAAAAUAAUGAAAUUAAAAAAGAGCACGAAUUAUUAAAUGAAAAAUAUGCACAGUUAGUAAAGGAAUAUGCAAUUCUUCAAAAUUCUUGUAAAGUAUUAAAUGAGCAAUUAGAAAACAAUCAAAAAAAUAUGGAAUUAUUAAUAAAGGAAAAAUCAAACAACCUUGAUGAGAAAACCGCAAUUAAAAUAUUAAAUAUAGGAUCGAAAGAGUUGAUACACAAGAGGGUUCAUAAUAAAAAUGUUGAUGAAUUAAGUAACUUAAAACUAGAAUUAGAAUACAAGGAUAUGAUUCUAAACAAGUUAAUGAGAAAACAAGUUAGUGCAGGAAAAACUAUCAAAGUGGAAUAUACAAAUAAUGAGAAUAAAUUUGAAAAUGAGAAAAAAUUAGAUGAAAUGUAUCAAAAAUAUUUAGAUUCUGUUUGUGAUAACGAUAAUUUAAAGAAGGAAAUUAAUAAAUUACAUAACAAAAUAAAUGAUAUGAAAGUAGAAGAAGAGGAGCAUUUAAAAACGAUAAGCAUACUACGAGAUUAUAUAAAUAAGAUGUAUAAAGAGGAUGUGAAUAUUAACCAGUUUGAUGAUUUGAUAAAUAACAUUUUAAAGGAUAAUACAAGUUUAAAUGAAGAAUUGUCUAAGCAGAAAAGAAAAAAUAUGGCCGACAUUUAUUACUUCACCAAAGAAUUGCAAACUGUCAAAAAAGACAAGUUUAAGAUAAUUGAAAAAUUUGAUAGUAAAAAGGUUACUAAUAUUCCACAUUUGUAUGAGCCCUUAAAUUUAACGUUAAGCAAAGAAAAUAACAAAAGAGAAAUAUCAGAUGAUGAUAAUAAUAAAGGAACAAAAGGUGAUUUAAAUUUUUUAAAAAAGAAUUCGGAUAUAAACUGUUCCGAAUCAAAUAUUAAAAAACCGUUAAAAACAAAUGAUUUAGUUCAUAUAUAUAUGCAAGAUUAUAUGAACAAUGUACAAAACAAGGCUUAA